CUACAAUGUUUUCUUGCUUACAUGCAUUGAUAUAUCUAUUUGCUAUAAUGCUGAACUCGGUUGAAAGGUAUGUCCAAGAAUCGUUUGCCCGCUGCGCUUUCCGAUGUCGCGUAUCUAAUGCCUCUCACCCAAGUUGGCAAGAAAUAUCUGCUAUCGGUUGUCUCCGAAUCUUACGCCAAGGCAGCGGUGCAUGGCGGACAGCCUCCUUGAGCCACGAGGUAUCAUAUCAAGCUUGAGGUACGUACUUACAAGCGUCUUAUGUGCCCGACCAGAGAGGCACCAGAUGCCCGUUUGCAGCCUGCUGCCUACAAACCGCAUCAUUCCCACUUGCCUUCCUGACAGUUACGUACCUGAAGAUGCUAGGAUAGAACUCCUACAAAGGUGUGUAGGCCAAUGAUAAGGCAUCGACCUUUCCUG